GGCGAUGGGGAUAUCGGGGACGGGGAAUGGGGAUUCGUUUUUGAGGACCAAUGCUGUGAGGACUGUGUCUGCUAUUGCGAAGUAUAGGGGGGAUGGGUCGACGACGUCGCUGGGUGAGGCGCUGAGGGAGGUUACGGGACCUGGCGGGGAGUUGCAGAAGAGUGCUGGGAAGAGGUGGAAGAAGACGGGGGAGGGUGAGGGAGGAAUGAUUGGGAUUGAGUGCGCUGUUGUUAAGGGGCCUGAUGGGGAGGUUAGGGGGACUGGGGCGUAUGUUUUGGCGGAGUAUAACUGUGGUGGGAUGUUUAGGGCGACGGUGAAUGAGGACGGUAAGGCUGUUGCGAGGGUUUGGAAUGAAGGUCAGUAUGAGGGCCUGGGAGGGUACGAGAACGAAGGGAAGGAGUAUGACCCUAGGGAUUUGAAGAGGGAGAAGGCUUGACGGAGAACACAACAUGUCACGCCAGUUGAAACUAUACUGUACAUAGAUGCCACGGCUAUAAGUUUCGAAUC